CACCAGUCAAAACAAAGAAGGAAGCAGCAGUGAAGGAGAAACACUGCUGAUCGUCAGCGGAGAAGCUUUUUAAUCCUUUUUGUCUCACUGAGCACUCAUUCACUGCGAGGCUCGUAUUGUCUAUAAUUAUAUUUUUGUUACAUUUUGCAGAAAUCUACAGCAGAUCUCAUCAUGAGGUGCUGUGCGUUAGCUGUGUGUUUAAUUUUGGGGAUAAGUGUUCAGAACGGAUGGAGCAUUCCUCUCAAGACCCGCUUUGUCACCUUCCCAGGAGACAUCCUCAAAAACAUAUCUGAUAAUGAACUGUCAGAGAAUUAUCUCACGAAGUUCGGCUACAUGCAAAAGCUGCACCGCAGUGGCUUCCAGUCUAUGGUGUCCACUGAAAAGGCUUUGAAGAGGAUGCAGAGGCAGAUGGGGCUGGAGGAGACUGGAAAGCUGGAUAAGUCCACCCUGGAAGUAAUGAAGCGGCCUCGCUGUGGAGUUCCUGAUGUGGCCAACUACCAAACAUUUGCUGGAGACCUCAAAUGGGACCAUAACGAUGUCACUUAUAGGAUCAUUAACUACACUCCAGACCUGGAGAGCUCCCUGGUUGAUGACGCCUUUGCCAGAGCCUUCAAGGUGUGGAGUGAUGUGACCCCUCUGACUUUUACCCGCCUUUUUGAUGGAACGGCUGACAUCAUGAUUUCAUUUGGAAAAGCUGACCACGGAGACCCAUACCCAUUUGAUGGUAAGGACGGUCUUCUGGCCCACGCUUAUCCCCCUGGUGAGGGUAUGCAGGGUGACGCCCACUUUGAUGAUGAUGAAUUUUGGACUCUGGGAAAAGGAGCAGUUGUGAAGACUCGCUAUGGGAAUGCUGAUGGUGCUCUGUGCCACUUCCCCUUCACCUUCGAGGGCAAAUCGUACACCACCUGUACCACUGAUGGGCGUUCAGACAACCUGCCAUGGUGCGCCACCACAGCUGACUACGGCCGAGACAAGAAAUUCGGCUUCUGUCCAAGUGAACUUCUGUUCACCUUUGGAGGAAACGCAGACGGAGCAGAGUGUGUCUUUCCCUUCGUCUUUCAGGGGGAGGAAUAUGACAGCUGUACCACAGAAGGCCGCAGUGAUGGCUACCGCUGGUGUGCCACCACAAGCAACUUUGACAAGGACAAGAAAUAUGGAUUCUGUCCCACUCGUGACACCACUACAAUCGGUGGAAAUUCUGAUGGAGCGCCGUGCCACUUCCCCUUUGUGUUCCUGGGUAAAGAGUAUGACUCAUGCACAAGCGAGGGACGAGGGGAUGGCAAGUUGUGGUGCGCUACCACUGACAACUAUGAUGAUGACAAAAAAUGGGGUUUCUGUCCUGACCAGGGUUACAGUCUGUUCCUGGUGGCAGCCCAUGAGUUUGGACAUGCCCUUGGCCUGGACCACUCCAACAUAAGAGAGGCUCUCAUGUACCCCAUGUACAGCUACGUGGAAGACUUCUCCCUGCAUGAAGAUGACAUUGAAGGCAUUCAGUAUCUCUAUGGACGCAAAACAGGCCCUGACCCCACGCCUCCUCAGCCCGACUUCACCACCACUACCCCCUACCCAGACCCUGAUGAGACUGACCCCACAGAUGAGCCAGACACCACCACUACCACCACUCGACCUGUGGACCCGUCCAUAGAUGCCUGCAAAGUGACCAAAUUCGAUACCAUCACUGUGAUUGAGGGAGAACUACAUUUCUUCAAGGACGGACAUUACUGGAAGAUGUCCAGCAGGAGCAAUGGAGGGCUCAAGGGACCAUUUUCUAUUUCUCAGAGGUGGCCCGCUCUGCCAGCAGUCAUUGACUCUGCCUUUGAGAACAUGCUGACCAGGAAAUUGUACUUCUUCUCAGGGACCCGAUUCUGGGUGUACACAGGAAAGAGUGUCCUGGGUCCCCGCAGCAUAGAGAAGCUCGGCCUCCCCAGCACUGUUCAGAAGGUGGAGGGAGCACUGCAGAGGGGGAAGGGCAAAGUACUGCUCUUCAGUGGGGAGAACUACUGGAGGCUUGAUGAGAAGGCCCAGAAAAUCGACAAAGGCUACCCCAGAUACACAGAUGUUGUCUUUGGCGGCGUCCCCAAUGAUGCUCAUGAUGUGUUCCAGUACAAAGGUCACAUCUACUUCUGCCGGGACCGCUUCUACUGGCGUAUGAACUCCCGCAGGCAGGUGGAUCGUGUUGGCUAUGUGAAGUAUGACCUCCUCAAGUGCUCAGAUGGUUCAGCCACUCGGUAUUGAGGACGUGAACACAAAGGGAUGAGCUGGAAAUCGUCUGUAAUGUGGUAGCACCUAUUUCUCUCUCCUGUGCAGGUGUCAGGGAAAAUGUGAUGCAUUUUUUUGUGUAUAGCGCCUGUUAUAUGAUGUGUGUGCUUUCUGGGAUGUGAAUAUUUGGCCACCAUAGAUGUUGGCUAAUUGUAUAGCAUACAGUAAUGGCCUGAAAAUAACUUAAAAGCCCAAAGGAAAGCAAAACCAACUGUUAUCUCUGGUGCUGCCCUGCCCUCAGUCUGAUCAUCUGUGAACUGGUUGGUUAAGGUGGUCGAAAAUUUGACACCCGUAUCCACAAUUAUAAUAUUCUUAAAAAGGUAUCUGGAUUCCGGAUUUUCUAAAUAAUUUCUUUAUGUCUGACAGGUUCAGAUUCUUAACAGUAUUAGAUUAUUUUGGUAUUUAUAGCAUUAUCUAAUAUUAUUUUUGUGUCCUAGAGCUUGUUUGUUUUGUAUAAUUGUAUGUGUGUAUCUCUGAAAAUGGCUUCAAAGCCAAUUAUUGCACUGGAAGACAAUGCAUGUCUCCUUCACUGAAAUUAUUUAUAAGACUGAUAUGUUUUGUAUUAAAGUUCUAACUUUCAAUGCAAUAAACAUUCUGUGAGAAAUACA